UUUUAGAUGGAAUUGAGGUCGGGUAAUGUUGCAAAACUGGUAAAUCGUUUGAGCAGAGAUCUUUCACAACUGAACAAGACAACAGCAGCAUCAUCGGUAGAUGUCAGUUUGAGACGAUCUGGUACCAUGGCGACGCGUUCAGCAACAGUGAGAUAUUCCUAUAAAGCAGCACAUGAGGAUGAACUUGAUCUGGAAGUAGAUGAUGUAAUUGAUGUUCUAGAAGAAGCAGAAACGGGAUGGAUGAAAGGGAAAUUAAGGAAUACGGGUCGAAUUGGAUUAUUCCCUACUAAUUUCGUUCAUUUCCUUGAUAAAACUACGGGUAAUAGUGAUGUUUUGAAAUCAAAUGAUGCUAAGAAGAAUUUUCCGGAUGGUAUUGUUUCGGGUGAUCUAUUACCCGAAAUGCCCGCCUCACGAUUAUCUCUAAUAAGUGAUCCGUCGGAGAAUCGCCUAAAUUACCACAUACCUGAUGCCACAACUUUAGGAAAAAAAGCGAAUUCACGAGCACGAGUUCUAUUCACCUAUUCGCCGAAACAUGAAGAUGAGCUUGCGCUUCGUGAAGUAGGUCAAAUAGUUGGAAUUGUAAGUAAAUCCACUGAGGAUCCUGGCUGGUUACUAGCUGAAGUUGAUGGCAGACAGGGAUUGAUUCCAGAUAAUUUCGUUGAGAUUCUAAGGCCUUCAAUUCCCACCAGUACUAUAAAUUCAGAAACCCACAAGAUGCCUUUACCUCCAAAUGUGCCAGCGAAACCAGUAUCAAAGCCCGUAGUCUUAUCAUCCGGUGCUGGUCGUCGUACUACAACUUCCUCGGUAUUCGCUCAAAUGCAUUCCAGCCUUGCCGAUGCUUUCACGAAACCACCGAAACAGUUCACUGCUAGGGCUGUGAAAACGGAAGAAAGCUCGGCCGGCGAAGGACAGCCAGGUGAUCGUUUAUCUCACAUAACUGCAACUCGGCCCAAACAACCGAACAAAAGACCUCCGUCUACUGUUUUCAGAACGAAAUCAAAUGAAGGUUCAACUAACGAUGAUACAUCGAUGGUCGAAUAUGGAAGAAUUUCACCUACAACAUCAUCAGCUGCCUCUCUAUCUAACAGUUAUUUACAACAACCUUUAUCAAUAGCGCCUUCUAUAAAAUCGGUAAAAGUGCAGCAAGCAUUAUCACCGAAGAACAACAGUAAUGAUAUUAGUGAUGAAUUUGUGCCGCGCAGUGAAUAUAAUCGCUUAGUUCAGCAGUUCGAAGAAUUACUUACAACAAUGAAUAAGUUUCGGUUGGAAAUGUCGCAAAAAGUGUCCAUGCUGGAAGCUAAAAUCACCAAACAAUGAAAGAAUGAACUUUUACAUUGGUAUGGAUAGCCUUGGAUAAUCUGGUGUUCUGGUUUAACUAAAGUGUGCUGUUUGGGCUGCAUGCAAUUUAUUAUAUUUCUGACUAAUUAAUAACCAUAUAGACCUCAUAUAAAUCGCAAAAUCUCCUUCUUGCAUAUUUUGAUGAAGCGCUGAAAAGGUUUUUUUUUCUUGGUUUUCCUCACAUUUCUGAAAUGUUCUGUACGUUUUAUUUCGAUAAGUCAAAAACAUAAAUUAAUUUUUGGUCGCUUA